AUGGCCAUUGUAGAGAUUGUUUUGGGUUCCGUCUUGGCUUCCUUCUUUCAGGUCCUAUUCGACAAAUUAGCUUAUUUGGGAUUGAGCAAUGCGCAAAGGGAAGGAGCACCGCCCUUCUCUGGAAUCAGCACCGACCUGCUCAAUAAUUGGAGGAAGACGCUAGACACAAUCUAUGCAGUGCUGGAUGAUGCAGAGGACAGGCAACUGAGCAGUAACUGUCCAGUGAAGCUGUGGUUGGACGAUGUUAGGGACUUGGCCUAUGAUAUGGAAGACUUGCUCGAUGAGCUCGCGAUCCAAGCCACUCAGGUUAAGUCGGGGGCAAAAUCCAGCACAAGCAGAGGUCGGAUAAAUUGCAAGUUCUCUCGCUUUGGCCAAGAUAAAUCCUCCAGAUCGAAUCCAAACCCGUGCUCACUCGUGUCUGAAACCGAGGUCCGGGAGAUCAAUGGCAGGUUGGAAGAGAUUGUCACCAGGAAGGAUCGUUUAAGCUUGAGAGAGAAUGUUGUGGGCAGAUCUGACAACACCAACCAAAGGCUCCCUAGCACUUCUCUACCGGAGACUCAGUUUUUUGGCAGGGAGAAGGAAGAAGCACAGAUACUCGAACGAUUGGUUAGUGAGGUCGAAAAUUCUGAUGCCACGCUGAGCAUAAUCUCCAUAGUUGGGAUGGGUGGUGUUGGAAAGACGGCAUUGGCUCAACGGCUGUAUAAUGAUGCUAGAGUGAAAAGCUAUUUCGAGACGAGAGCAUGGGUUUGUGUGUCAGAUGUUUUUGAUGUUUUUGACAUAACAAAGACUAUUUUGCGGUCGAUCACCGGGUUGUCCUGCGAGGGCGAAGAUCUUAACGGACUUCAAGUUAAGUUGAAGGACAGUCUAUCCGGGAAGAAGUUUCUUGUGGUUUUAGAUGAUGUAUGGAAUGAGAACUACGGAAAAUGGACUGACUUCUUAAAGCCAUUUGAAGCGGGGGCCAAGGGAAGCAAGAUCAUUGUCACGACUCGCAACCUUCCCGUUGUUUCCAUAAUAGGAGCUUCACCGUAUCAUUUGGAGCAGCUGUCCCUUGAUAAUUGUACAAGCUUAUUAGCCUUUCAUGCUCUUGGAGCAACAAAUUUUGAAAGCCACCCAGAUCUUCAAAGAAUAGGCAAGGAAUUAGCUAAAAAAUGUAAAGGCUUACCUUUGGCAGCGAAGAUGUUGGGCGGUGUCCUAUGUAACGAAAGGAAUCCAGAUAAAUGGAAAGAUAUCUUAAAUAACAGAAUAUGGGAUCUUCCAAAAGGAAAAAAAGAUGAGGUACUCCCAGUUUUGAAAUUGAGCUAUGUCCAUCUUCCUUCUUAUUUGAAGAGAUGUUUUGCUUAUUGUGCGGUAUUUCCCAAGGAUUAUGAAAUUGAGAGGGAUGAGUUGGUACUCUUAUGGAUAGCAGAGGGCUUUUUAGAUGGAAAAAAGGCAAAUGAGGAUAUCUUGAGACUGGGACAAGAUCACUUCGAUGAGUUAGUAUCGAGAUCAUUUCUUCAACAAUCAAGGGUCGAUGCAUCUAAGUUUUCAAUGCAUGAUCUUCUGAAUGAUCUAGCAAAGUCAAUUGCGGGUGGGACAUGCUAUAGAUCAGGGGACUCUCAACUGGCAAGUAAUGAAGACGAUGCAUCUCUAGAGAAAGCUCGUUAUGCAUCAUUCAUGACAACAUGGCAUGUUACAUCAAAAAGCCUGGGAGCAUAUCACGGAAUGAAGGUACUAAGAAGUUUAAUUCUAGUACGUGUUGGAUAUAGUGGGGGCUCUUUCUCUAUUUCCAACAAGGUGCUACAUGACGUGCUAACAAACUUAAAGUACUUGAGGGUGUUCUCGUUAUGUCAUUGUUCCAUUACAGAGGUACCGAAUUGUGUCGGUGAUUUGAAACAUCUUCGAUAUCUCAAUUUCUCAUACACUGAAAUCAAAUGGCUACCCGAGUCAAUUAGCACCUUGUGCAAAUUACAAGCUUUGAUAUUGAGAGGUUGUCAAAAUCUUUCUAUGUUGCCUUUAGGCAUCACAAACUUGGUCAGCUUACAGUUUCUUGACAUUAGAGAUACAGAAAGUCUAAAAGAGAUGCCAUUAGGUAUCAGUAAUUUGAAGAAUCUUACUAUCUUGUCCAAGUUUGUGGUGGGAAUAGAGAAAGGGUCACAGUUAAAGGAGUUAAAGAAGUUGCCACAUCUUCAAGGAGAAUUACUCAUAUCAGAAUUGCAAAAGGUGAAAGAAGUGAGAGACGCAACUGAUGCUAAUUUGUCAGGAAAGCAAGGCCUUAGCAACUUAUCCUUGCAUUGGGGUGAAGAUUUUGGAAAUUUGCGGGAUGAUAAGCGCGAAGCGCAGGUGCUUCACUCUCUGCAACCUCACACUAAUCUUGAAAAUCUCACUAUCUCAUACUAUGGUGGUGCGAAACUCCCGUCCUGGUUAGAAAGUCCAUCAUAUUCUAAGAUGGUGUCUUUGUACUUGCGAGACUGUCCUAAUGUCACGUCGCUGCCCCUACUUGGACAACUACCUUCACUUAAGGAAUUAUCUCUUUUCGGUCUACAUGCAGUAAGAAUGAUAGGCUCUGAAUUUUACGGUGGUAAACGGCCUUUCUCGACCUUAACAACUUUGAAGUUUGAAGAGAUGUUGGCAUGGAAGGAUUGGUGUCGUUAUGCCGGGGACACAAAAGAAGAAGUCCCAUUCUCCUGUCUUCAGCAUCUUGUCGUCCGGAGCUGUCCUUCGUUGGUCGAGGCAUUGCCUUGUCAACUUGAUCUUCUCAUAAAGCUUGAAAUUCAUUCAUGCCCGCAUUUGAAUAACUCAACCGGCAUGGUUCGUCUUCCAUCUCUCCGCGAGUUAUGCCUUGAGGAUUGUAAUAAGGAGAUCUUAACGUGCUUGGUCAGCCUAACUUCUUUAACCGUUCUCAGAGUUCAAAAUCUUGCAGAUCUCGUUUGCUUUAAUCAUGAGUUCAUGAGCGGUUGGGUCAAGCUAAAGGAGCUUCAAAUAACAAGCUGUGACAAGCUAACACACUUGUGGCAAGAUGAAAAUGAAACGCGAAAUCUUAUUUGCCUCCAGAAAUUAGCCAUCCAAAGCUGUGCUCAAUUCACGUCUUUUGUGGCAGGAGAAAAAGAGAUAGAGCUGCCUUCCAACCUUGAAAGCAUGGAAUUAAGGAAUUGCAUGAGUUUAGAAAAGCUUCCGAGCAAAAUGCAGGCCCUCAGAAAUUUGGUUAUUGGGAAGUGUCCAAAACUCAUGGCAUUAACCAUUGCUCCAGAUGACCCCACCAGUAUUAACCCGAUGCCUCAACUUGCUGCUCUGAAGACACUUCAAAUUAGUGAUUGCGAGGGAGUGAAAUCGCUGGAAGAGAUCGCCAUAGAAUCGUUGAAAUAUUUAACUAUUAACAACUGUAUGAAACUAAGAAGCCUACCACAGUGCCUUCGCACGUUCUCCCAUCUCACUUUUUUGAAAAUACGUGACUGUCCAGCAUUGGAGAUAGAGGACUUCCCUCCCCUUCCCAUCACCCUGUCGUGUUUCUGGCUCCGUAAUUGUCCUAAGGUAAAGUCUCUACCAAAUCAGUGGCAUCGUCUUACAUCCCUCGGGUCGCUAUCUAUUAUCAUUUGCCAAAAUAUCAAACGCUUCCCCGAAGGAGGUUUUCCUCCCAAUUUGCUGCACCUUAUAAUUGUAAUGUGUGAGAAUCUGGAGCAACCAGUGAGAGAAUGGGGAUUACACAUGCUCACUUCCCUCGAGACACUGUCAAUUGACGGAAGGUGCAUGGGAGGGGAGGGAGAGAAGGUGAGUUUUCCUUCGGAGGAGAACGAGGAGGAGGAGGAUGCGUGGAGUCUUCUCUUCCCUUCCUCUCUAACCUCUCUUGGCAUUUACCAGAUGAAGAACGUGGAAAGACUGUCGAGCGGUCUUCGCAACCAUCUCUCCUCUCUCACACAUUUAUGGAUUUACGAUUGCCCGAAGUUGAGGUACUUGCCAGAGGAUGGCCUCCCUCCCUCCCUCCAACGAUUGGAGAUAUAUCGAUGCGAGAUUCUGAAAGAUCGAUGCUCAAACCUCGGUGGCCACUAUUGGCCCCUCAUCCAAGACAUCCCUUACAUCGGCAUUGAUUACCAUCGGAUCCAGUACCAUUGUAGUCUGCAUUGGCAAAAUCUAUUGGAAGGAUCAUUUGCGAACAUUGUUGAGGGAGUUCAGGAAGAAAAGCUUCGAUCUCACUUGGGUUACUUUGGCGUAACUGGAAAUCGUGCACUUCAACCAAUGUAUACCUUGUCUGGUGGUCAGAAAAGAAGAGCUGCAUUUGCCAAGAUAACUUUCGAGAAACCUUACAUAGUUUUGCUUGUUGAGCCAUCCAAUCAUCUGGAUUUGGAUGCAGCGGAGGCACUCAUUCAAGGUCUGGUCUUGCUCCAAGCAGGAAUUCUGAUGGUUAGUCACGAUGAGCAUCUAAUGGCUGGAAGCUCAGAUGAGGUCUGGCUGGUUUCUCAAGGCAAGGUGGCGCCUUUCCACGGGAAUUUCCAGGACUAUAGGAAGGUGCUUCAGUUUUCCUUGAAUAAGGUGCAUCUAGUUAUUGACAUCAAGAGAGAGUGGUUUGAUGGGUUCACAUUACCUUACAAAAUAGAAAAUGAGGCUCAGCUACAUAGAGAAAGCAAAAAAGGAUGAAGAGAGGAUUGUUGCUAAUAUACAGGACGGACUCACAGUCAAACUGGCCCUCGUUUGUCAUAUAUACUUGAUAAGGGCUCGUGGAAGGAUGAGUCCAAGUUUUUCACAUUGAGCAUGCAGUAUCAUUUGCAAUAGCUUAAGAACUGAGAUGGGAUUGCAGUCCUGGUAUAAUUUAUGAUUCUUUGCACAUUUUGUCCUAGCAAUAAGUCCAUUUGAUGUGUCCCUGGAAGUUUGAUACUCUAUCGCCGCAGAAGUCAGCUUUCCCAUGCACAGUAAAAUGAUUUAAUCAUUUGCGAAAGAACCAUUUUAGCACAGUAAAUUAUUUUGUAAGACAAUCUAUUUUUUGAUAAAGCUGUAUGAAUAUAUUUUCCCUAUUUU